ACAGAAUGUGGCUUACCUUUUGCCUGAAAAGGUGAAAUCUUUUCAAAUAGAAAUGGCUGAUAAAGGUGGGAAGAUACUUCCAGGACAAUUGUACAUUGAAGUGGAGUACGACUAUGAGUAUGAGGCCAAGGACAAGAAAAUUGUGAUUAAGCAAGGAGAGAAAUACAUCUUAGUGAAAAAGACUAACGAUGAUUGGUGGCAAGUCAAAAGAGAUGAAAAUUCCAAACCCUUUUAUGUGCCAGCACAGUAUGUGAAGGAAAUACCACGAAAAGCGCUGAUGCCACCUGUUAAGCAGGCAAGCGUGCUGCCAAAUAACGCUUUGAAGUUGACACAUGGAUUACAGAGAUCAACAGAAAAUGUGAGUAAGUCACCAGAGCUUUCUAGUUUUGGAAAAUCUUCUCCAGUUCAAGUCUCUUGCUUAGUUCGAGAUGCCAAUCAAAAUCUGGGAACGAACAAUAGCCCUGGUCAAACUCUUGGUUUGAGUCUGGACCUUACCCAAAACAAUGGAAAACUUAACAACGAGUUGCAAUCUCCCAAGGUUUCCAAUCAGUAUAGAACCAUCUCCAUGGGUCAUUUCCCAUGUCCAGAGUUCUUGGAAAUAGAGAAGACCAGCUUUUUGCAUGAACAAUCUUGUGAUUCAGCAGGAGAAGGCUCAGAAAAAAUUCAGCAAGAUUCAGAGUCUGGAGAUGAACUCAGUAGUAGUUCCACAGAACAAGUGCAGCCAACUACUCCACCAAGCCAAGGGAGGCCUGAUUCACCAGUUUAUGCUAAUUUACAAGAACUGAAAAUAUCUCAGUCUGCACUUCCACCACUACCUACAAGUGCUCCAGUCCAAAUAAAUGGGGAAUGGGAAACCCAUAAAGAUACGACAGGACGCUGUUAUUACUACAACAGAGGAUCACAGGAACGAACCUGGAAACCUCCGCGGUGGGCCCGAGAUGCAAGCAUUAAUAAAGGGGAUUCCCAGAGCCAUGCAGAUCAUGAGUGGAUAAAACAUGCAGAUGAACAAGGUAGACCAUACUACUACAGUGCUGAUGGUUCCCGAUCAGAAUGGGAGUUACCUAAGUAUAAUGCCUCACCACAGCAGCAGAGAGAUAUAAUAAAGAGUAGGAGUCUGGACAGGAGGCUACAAGAACCAAUAGUUUUAACAAAAUGGAGACACAGCACAAUUGUGUUGGACACCAACGAUAAGGAAUCAUCAACUGCUUCUAAGGCCAGUUUUCCUGAAAAUGAGUCCUCUCCUUCUUCACCAAAGCAUCAAGCCACGGGUCAAGAGAAGUAUGGGUUAUUGAAUGUGACAAAAAUUACAGAAAAUGGGAAGAAAGUUCGAAAGAAUUGGAUGUCAUCAUGGGCAGUGUUACAAGGUUCAUCAUUGCUGUUCACUAAAACCCAAGGAAGUGGAACUGGCUGGUUUGGUGUCAAUCAGUCUAAGCCAGAAUUUACAGUGGAUCUCAAAGGGGCAUUAAUUGACUGGGCCUCAAAGGACAAAUCCAGCAAAAAGAAUGUUAUUGAGCUAAAAACCCGCCAAGGAACUGAGCUCUUAAUUCAAUCUGAUAAUGACAGCUUUAUUAAUGAAUGGUAUAAAGUUCUUAACUAUACCAUCAACAAUCAGGUAGUAGAGUCUGAUGAAGCAUUAGAAGAUGAUGUACCAGAUUCCCCUGGGGUGGAAAAACAAGACAAAGAAAAAGAGAAAGAGAAUAAAGACUCUAAGAAACUUCGUUCAGUGAAAGCACCUGGCAAUAUAGAUUCCACAGAUCAGAAAAAGACCAAAACGAAGCUCAAGAAGUUUCUUACACGGCGCCCUACAUUACAAGCUGUCCGUGAAAAAGGCUACAUUAAGGAUCAAGUGUUUGGUUCCAAUCUCACCAGCUUGUGUCAAAGAGAAAACAGCACGGUGCCAAAGUUCGUGAAGCUGUGCAUUGAGCAUGUUGAGGAACAUGGAUUAGAUGUUGACGGCUUAUACCGAGUUAGUGGCAAUCUUGCAGUGAUACAGAAGCUAAGAUUUGCAGUCAAUCAUGAUGAGAAACUAGACUUGAAUGACAGUAAAUGGGAAGAUAUACAUGUCAUCACAGGAGCUCUGAAGAUGUUUUUCAGAGAAUUGCCAGAGCCGCUGUUCACUUAUAAUCACUUCAAUGACUUUGUCAAUGCAAUUAAACAAGAACCAAGGCAGCGUGUCCAUGCUGUUAAAGAUUUAAUCAAACAGUUGCCAAAACCAAAUCAGGACACUAUGCAGGUACUCUUUAGACACCUGAAGAGAGUUGUAGAAAACGGAGAAAAGAACCGAAUGACCUAUCAAAGUGUAGCAAUAGUUUUUGGUCCAACCUUAUUAAAACCAGAGAAAGAGACUGGUAACAUAGCAGUCCACACAGUAUACCAGAAUCAGAUUGUAGAAUUAAUUCUACUGGAAUUGAAUUCCAUCUUUGGACGCUGACAUUUUUCUUGGAGUAGACACUGGAAGUGAUGGGUUGGCAGCAGUACUCCAUCAGAAGGAAAAAUCUCUCGCUGUACAUGAUGUAUUGUGUUUGUGGACCAAGCAGCAACUUGUUUUUUGCACUUUUGGGGAGGGGAGAAACAGGAGAAAUGUUUGACCACUUUAAUGCGAAUUAAAGACAACACAUUGGAUUUCCUCGAAAAGUUCAAUGUAAAAAGUGAAUUGAAAAGUUUAUAGUCUGCCUUUUUUUAAAGUAGCAUUGGAAAAAUGUAAUAUAGGUUCAUACACUGGAUUUCUUGGAGAGUAAAGCUAUUAAUCUCAAACUGGAUAAUCUGGAAUUUAAUCUUAAAAUUCUUCCACUUGAUAGGGAAAAGUCCUACCAACUGGUGUGGAAAAAUUCAGUGAAGUUACAUCUUAAGCUUGUGUAUUACAACCUACUCAGAUCUGUAUGACACUUUUCCAAGGGGUUUCUGCAUGCAGUGGCUGUCUUAAACUUGUGCUAACAGUUUGGUUUAGUUACUCAAAUCUAAUUCUUCACUUGAUCUCUGCUGUCCUUUUUCCUUUUUUUUCCCCUUUUUCUUUUUUUCUUUCUUUCUUUGCUUUUUUUUCCCCAGCAACCUUUCUGGAACUUCUUUGUUGCUUUCUAGAACGGCACACUAUUUCAGACACUGAGCUUGUAAGAAUCUCCAGCAAGAAUAUUUGUCUUGUGGCAUAAUAGAAGUCAUAUUUAAUAAACAUGUUCAUUUUUCCAGGGUA